UUAAGUAAAAGUCGACAGACCAAUACAUAUCAUACUAGCGAGUGAUCGACGAAGGGUUUCAAUAAUAAUAGGAGUGCCCUGCUUCCGUCGGAGUCGAGAACAGCAAGGUUAUUUACAGCCUUUUCUAAAAUUUCUGUCCGAUCAAAGUGAAUGGGUAUUGACCCCGUUCGUAAAAAAAAUCACCCAAAAAUGAUCAAAUUUCUCGAAUUUUUAUUUUUCAAUACAGUAGAGUUAGCGCCGCACAGCCAUACCCAUUCCCGACCACAACGAUUGAUCCUACCCUUCACACUGGCCAUGAUCAGACCGUGUCCUAAGCUACCGUGCACGAAAAGUUCUGGAAAUCAGCAAGUUUUCCUCACCUGCUUUGAUUCUCUCCGAAACAGCGACUGUGUGUCAACUAUCAUGUUCUCAACAAAGACAAGCGCGCCCACUGGAAUGAUGACCAUUAGCCCCGCACCCGCUCCUGAAAACACCCCAGCAAGCAUUCCAACAGUGCUUGCUGAUGUAUGUGAAGCCUCGUUGCUUCAGGCUGAGCCGGUGGGAGACAGAAACACCAUACUCACAUCCAGAUCCUAGUUGUCAAGUUCGCGACUACACCCACGGUUGCCAACUUUAUCAAAGAGGUCCCUUGCUGGUGAGCUGAGAGAAUGCGGCA